AACGUAAAACGUACACAUAUACAUGACACAUACAGCGGGUACGUCGCGCCGCGUAUUUUGAAAACAAACUUGACUGCUUGAUCGAUCGGGUACAACUUACCGCUUGCAUGUGGGAAUUUUUAUGCCUUCAUAAGUCCGUGUGAACGUGUAUGAUGGAGUCGUACAGUGAAUAUGAUGAACCAAAGGCCAUGGUUCAUACGUAUUGCCAACAGAUUGCCCCAGCACAGUAUGAAAAGCAUGGGGCUAUCGAGACGGAAAAAGCGUUGAGGGACUUAAUGGACUAUUUGGAGAUGAACCCAUCUGCCUACAAGAAAGUCUUAGUGCGACAAAAACAGGAAGAAGCCGAGAAUGCUGGAAUCUUUUCUUAUGUGAAAUGCAAAUUUCUCGCCACAGUGAGGGGGCCAGACUAUAUGGAAGAUGCAGUGUCUAAUGAUGAAACACUGUUUAAGAUUGGUCAGUUGCAGCACGAACUUGCCAAAGUGUAUGAUUAUGGACAAGAAGCCAACAAAAGCAAGAAGAGAUUUUCUCGGCGCAUCGCUGCCAAGAAAGCUGCUGCGAGGAACAAAGAGAACACCACGCCAGCAAACUUCAAGAGACCCAACAAGGUUUCGUCUAGCUCCAAGCGUACAGCUCCCCCUCCCCCAGCCUAUCCCCCACCACCCGUCUCAUCCCCUGCGACCUCUGGUGACGAUGACGUGUUUGUCAAGUCGGUUCUGGCAAUUACUCCAUGCCGCCGUCCCCCUAUUCAUCCACCUUCUAGUACUCCAUCUGUUGACUGCAGUAUUCCGCCCCCACCCCCUCCCCCACCAGCAAAUGUGAACCGCACUGGGCCACUGAAAGAAAGGAUUAAUAAUCAGGUCAGUUUGGAAAGUCCAACGUACAAGUCCACACCUAUUAAGCCAGGAGCGACACCCAACACUCCACGGACACCAGGAAUCCACUCCGAGCUGAAACGCUACGGGUCAUCGACUUCACUGAGCUCGAUUGCCAGUGUCCACGAUGAACUCCGCUCAUUCGACAAGACCAGAUUGAAGUCUGUAUCCACAAAGACGUCAAAGAGAUCCCCAAGAAGCAAAUCUCUGAAGACCCCACUGACGGCCAGGAAGCGUGUCCUCUCAGCAAGCAUUGUCAGGGCUUCCAUAACUGACGUCUGUGGUAUCUCUACCAUCAGUGCCUUUAAUCAACAGAUGGUGGACAAGUUUCGCAACGCACGCAGCCCAGUGACAGCCGUCAACAGUCCUGCUAGUUCUUUCAACAGCCCAACAGGCUUCACGCCAUGAAGACAUUUCACGCAGUAGGUUGGGACAAAUAAGGUAUACAUGUAGUGUAUAUUUUUGUUGUAAAUUGUCUUUAGGGCCGUCCAUACAGUACAUACGCACGAAAAGGGGGAGGGGGUUGUUAACAUUGCGGACACCAUACAUGCCUCCCCCCCCCCUCCCCCGUAUGCAGAACGAUAAUUUGCUUUUAAUAACUUGUCAUAAACUCAAUGUCCUUUUUACCAGGACCAGGUUUUAUGCAUCGAAAAUCUUUAUCACACUUUACCUUGACCCCACUCUAGAUUUCUUCCCAGUGCCACUGGCAGCCAACGCCUCCGAGGUCAUUAAAUUUCAGAGAACACAAAAUGAUAACAAGACAAUUGUGAUACGGGCCCCUCUUUAGUUUUAGUCAAGUUGUUGGAGUCGAGCUUUUUUUUUUAUUAUUCUAAAUCAACUUCUGUAACUCAAUGCUGACUUCUUUUAAAUCGAACAGCAAUAUUUUUUUGAAAUUUGAACAGUAGAAAACGUGAUUUUUGUACGCAUUUUACAGUUCAUGUAUUGAACGUGGUUUUGCGCAUUCAGUUUCACAGAGCGUCGCAAUGAUCCCCAUCUUUAGUUUUGUAUUUUGUCGUCUUUGUCAUCAUUUUACCCCAAUAUUUCCCACAAGAAAUCAAAAACCUGCCCUCUAUCCAUGACACUUGUUGGUUUUUAAAUGUUGCUAACUUAUUUGGUAAGUUCAAUAAACUAACUACUUCACAAUCGCCAAUAAAAAGACUGCUUCAAUGGUCUAAGACCUGAUGACGUCACGCUUUGUUUAUGCGCUUUCUGAGGAAAGCGGAUAUAUAAACAAAGCAUGACGUCUUAGGUCUAUUAGCUGGCAAGCAUAGUGCAUUCGUAUGCUUUGUAAUGUACAUACAGUACAUGUUUAUUGUACACCGGAAUGCGUAUGCGUACAGGGAGAGGGG